AUGGAGGGGACACCUGGGGACCACGGGGACACCGGUGGCCAGGUGGGCAGGGAGAGGGAUGGAGAGCCUGGAGAGCCUGGAGAACUUGGAGAGCUUGGAGAACUUGGAGAGCCUGGGGAACUUGGAGAGCUUGGAGAGCCUGGAGAGCCUGGAGAGCUUGGGACUUCUGGAGAUCCUGGGGACACUGGGGAUGAAGGUGACCUUGGAGAUCCUGGGGACACGGGGAACCUUGGGACUUCUGGGGACACUGGGGACCUUGGAGAUUCUGGAGAUCCUGGGGACACUGGUGACCUUGGGGAUCCUGGAUAUCCUGGGGACACUGGUGACCUUGGAGAUCCUGGAGAUCCUGGGGACACUGGUGAUCUUGGGACUUCUGGUGACCUUGGGACUUCUGGAGAUCCUGGGGACCUUGGAGAUCCUGGAGACACUGGUGACCUUGGAACUUCUGGUGACCUCGGGACUUCUGGAACUUCUGGGGACCUUGGAGAUCCUGGAGGUCCUGGAGAUGCUGGGGACCUUGGAAACUCUGAGGACCAUGGAGAUCCUGGGGACACCUGGAGCUCUGGAUUCACCUGGAGCUCUGGAGCUCUCGGGGCCUCAGGUGCCCUGGAGGACCCUUGA